UUCGGAAAAGCCGCCAGCAUUUCUCCACCUGGCUUUCCUCUACCUCCAGGCGGGAGCACCUGAGGUCCCCCUCCCACCCCACCUUCCGCCCGCCCGCACACUCGGACCAGCGCUGUUGACCCAGAAGCAGACAUUUCUGCCCCUAUCCUGAGCAUACGUCAGCGGAGGGAGCGGGACGCAGCCUGCGGUCGGCGGCGAAGAAGGCCGGCCCUGCGCGGGGAUCUCGGAAGCCAUGUGAUUCAUCAUGAAGUUCCAGUACAAGGAGGACCAUCCCUUUGAGUAUCGGAAAAGCGAAGCAGAAAAUAUCUGGAAGAAAUAUCCGUACAGGGUCCCUGUGAUUGUAGAGAAGGCUCCAAAAGCCAGGGUGCCUGAUCUGGACAAGAGGAAGUACCUAGUGCCCUCCGACCUUACCAAUGGCCAGUUCUACUUCUUAAUCCGGAAGAGAAUCCACCUGAGACCUGAGGACGCCUUAUUCUUCUUUGUCAACAACACAAUCCCUCCCACUAGUGCUACCGUGGGCCAACUGUAUGAGGACAGUCAUGAGGAAGAUGAUUUUCUGUAUGUGGCCUAUAGUAAUGAGAGUGUCUAUGGGAAAUGAGUGGUUGGAAGCCCAGCAGAUGGAAGCAUCUGGACUUGGGGGUAGGGGAGGGGUGUAUGCGCGACUUGGGGAAAAAGAGGGCGGCUCCCACCUCGAGGAGACAGAAGGUGAAGACAUCUAGAAACUACACCACACACACCAUCAUCACAUUUUCACAUGCUCAGUUGAUAUUUUUUGCUGCUUCCUCAGCUCAGGGAGAAAGCUUAUCAGGACAGAGUUGUUGCAUUGGCUUUGAUAGAGGAAUGGGGAUGAUGUAAUUUUACAGCAUUCCUGAGAUUUAAUUUUUGUGCAAUUUCAUGGAAGGGUCAGGAGGUGGACAAGUUGGGGUCAGAGAUGAUGGCAGUCCAGCAGCAACUCCCUGUACUCCCUUCUCUUUGGGCAGAGAUUCUAUUUUUGACAGUUGCACAAGACAGGUAGGGAAAGGGGACUUGUGGUAGUGGACCAUACCUGGGAACCACUGUAAUUGAUGCAUCGUGGCCCCUGAUCUUCCCUGUCCCACACUUCUUUUCUCCCAUCCCAGUUACAAUCUCACAGACAUCACAGUGCCACCCCAGGGGUGGCAGUAGACAUCAACUCAGAAAUUUAGACAGGCAUCUCUUAUUUUUGGAAAAUAGGGGUUAGGCAUGAGGGUGGUUAUGAUUAAGAAGACAGUUUUGUUAUUAAAUAGCAUUAAACUGAAAUUGACAGAGUGUUGAGCAUCUCUGUCUAAACUGUUCUUUCUCUCUGGUGCUCCUUCUAUCACCCCUACCUUGGAAUUUAAUAAGCUUCAGGCAUUUCCAAUUGCAGAAUAAAACCACUCCUAGCAUCUUCUCUAGUACUUUCCAUGUAUCAGGACAGAGAUGUCUUAUGUAGGGAAGGGGCAGGUAUGAAGUAAGGUAGAUUAUCUACACCUCUCACUCAUUCAGGAUUCUUGCUCCCAUGCCACUGUCCCUUCAGUCUCACACUCACAGAAAUACUAUGUGAUGGCCAGCUGCUUCCCUUCUUGGUUAUCCACUGCAGCUGCUAGUUAGAAAGGUUUGCAGGGAUGACUUUUAGUAAAUCAUGGGAAUUUUACUGAUUUAUUGAUUUGUUAUCACUUUUAGGGUUUUUGGGGUGGGAGUGGGGAGCAGGAAUUGCACUCAGACAUGACAUUUCAAUUCAUCUCUGCAAAUGAAAAGGGUUCUUCCUCUUGGGAGAAAUCUGUGUGUCAGUUCUGUCAGCUGCAAGUUCUUGUGUAAUGAAGUCAAUGCCAUCAGGCCAAGGAAAUAAAACAAUUGCUUACCUU